CCUCCUCUUUCUUCCUCCUCCCUCCCCUGCUCCGGGCGCAGCGGGGGAGGCAGCGAAGUUGGGCGUUCGCCGGGUAGUUUUUCUGGUGGUUUUUCUUUUUUUUUUUUUUUUUUUUGGUUUGGACAAGUUCGGGAGCGUUUCGGAGCAUGGAGGAGCAGCCCGGGGUGUCGCGCCCCCGACAGCAGCGCGGGGAGGUGGCGGGCGAGGGGCUGCGGUGACCGAGACCCCCCGAGCCCCCCGAGCCCAGCCCAGCGCUGGGAAAGCCGCCGGCAUGGCCCGCUGGAUCCCCACCAAGCGGGAGAAGUACGGGGUCGCCAUCUACAACUACGAGGCCGCUCAGGACGUGGAGCUGUCGCUGCAGGUCGGGGACACCGUUCACAUCCUGGAGAUGUACGAAGGCUGGUACCGAGGAUACACCCUCCGAAAUAAAUCGAAGAAGGGCAUUUUCCCAGAAUCAUACAUCCAUUUAAAAGAGGCCAUCGUGAAGGACCGGGGGCAACACGAAACGGUGAUUCCAAGUGAGUUACCCCUGGGCCAGGAGCUCACCUCCACCCUGAGGGAGUGGGCAGUUAUCUGGCACAAGUUGUAUGUGAACAACAAGACAACCCAGUUCAGGCACGUGCAGCAGCUGACCUACAGCCUGAUAGAGUGGAGGUCCCAGAUCCUCUCGGGGACCCUUCCCAAGGAUGAACUGGCUGAGCUCAAGAAGAAAGUCACUGCCAAGAUUGACUAUGGCAACAGGAUCCUGGGCUUGGACCUGGUGGUGCGAGACGACAACGGGAACAUCUUGGACCCGGAUGAGACCAGCACCAUCUCCCUCUUCAAGGCCCACGAAACUGCCUCCAAAAGGAUUGAUGAGAGGAUCCAGGAGGAGAAGUCCCUGCAGCAGAGUUUGGACCUCAGGGGGCAGCCAAUCUUCAACUCCACCCACACCUACAGCCUGUAUGUGAACUUCAAGAACUUUGUCUGCAACAUUGGGGAAGAUGCCGAGCUGUUAAUGAGCCUCUACGACCCUGAUCUCUCCAAAUUCAUCAGUGAGAAUUACCUGGUUCGUUGGGGCAGUAACGGGAUGCCCAAAGAAAUUGAGAAGCUAAAUAACCUCCAGGCAGUCUUCACUGACUUGAGCAGCUCUGACCUGAUCAGACCCAAGAUCAGCCUGGUGUGUCAGAUCGUCAGGGUGGGGCACAUGGAGCUCAAGGAUGGCAAGAAGCACACCUGUGGGCUCAGGAGGCCCUUUGGGGUGGCAGUGAUGGACAUAACUGACAUCAUCCAUGGCAAGGUGGAUGACGAGGAGAAGCAGCAUUUUAUCCCGUUCCAGCAGAUUGCCAUGGAGACCUACAUCAGGCAGAGGCAGCUGAUCAUGUCCCCCCUGAUCACAUCCCACGUGAUUGGGGAGAACGAGCCCCUCACCUCGGUCUUCAACAAAGUCAUCGCUGCCAAGGAGGUGAAUCACAAAGGCCAAGGUCUUUGGGUCUCCCUGAAGCUGCUCCCUGGGGAUCUGGCUCAGGUUCAAAAGGAUUUCUCCCACCUUGUAGACAGAUCCACUGCUGUGGCUCGGAAAAUGGGAUUCCCUGAGAUCAUCCUUCCUGGGGACGUUCGGAACGACAUCUACGUCACCCUGAUCCAAGGGGAGUUCGACAAGGGGAAGAAGAAAACCCCCAAGAACGUGGAAGUCACCAUGUCUGUGCACGACGAGGAUGGAAACCUGCAGGAGAAAGCCAUCCAUCCUGGGGCUGGUUACGAAGGUGUCUCCGAGUACAAGUCGGUGGUUUAUUACCAGGUCAAGCAGCCCUGCUGGUACGAGACCGUGAAGGUGGCCAUUGCCAUAGAAGAGGUCAGUCGGUGCCACCUGAGGUUCACUUUCCGUCACCGCUCGUCCCAGGAAUCCAGGGAUAGGUCUGAGAGAGCUUUUGGUGUGGGCUUUGUGAAGCUGAUGAACGCCGACGGGACGACGCUGCAGGAUGGCAAACACAACCUGAUUGUUUACAAGGGCGAUAACAAGAAAAUGGAAGAUGCCAAAAGCUAUUUGAGUCUUCCUUGCACCAAAACGGAGAUGGAGGAGAGGGAGGCUCCUUCAGGGAAGAACCUGCACCACCUGGCCAACUUCACCCCCACGAAAGACAGCACAAAGGACAGCUUCCAGAUUGCCACUGUGAUCUGCUCCACCAAACUCACCCAGAAUGUUGACCUGCUGGGUUUGUUGAACUGGCGCUCCAACUCCCAGAACAUCGCCCACAACCUCAGGAAGCUCAUGGAGGUGGAAGGAGGGGAGAUUGUGAAGUUUUUGCCAGACACCCUCGAUGCACUUUUCAACAUCAUGAUGGAGAUGUCAGAAAAUGAAACCUAUGACUUCCUUGUGUUUGAUGCCCUGGUAUUUAUUAUUUCUUUGAUUGGAGACAUCAAGUUCCAGCAUUUCAAUGCUGUCCUUGAGACUUACAUUUACAAGCACUUCAGUGCAACCCUGGCAUAUGUGAAGCUCACCAAAGUGCUCAACUGUUACGUGGGGAAUGCUGAGGACUCCAGCAAGACAGAGCUGCUCUUUGCUGCCCUGAAAGCCCUCAAGUACCUGUUCAGGUUCAUCGUCCAGUCCCGGGUGUUGUACCUGAGUGUUUAUGGGAAGAGUGAAGAUGGGAAUGAAUUCAACGAUGCCAUUCGCAAACUCUUCCUGUCCUUCAACAUCCUCAUGGACCGGCCUCUGGAGGAGGCUGUGAAGAUCAAGGGGGCAGCUCUGAAGUAUUUGCCAAGCAUCAUAAACGAUGUCAAACUGGUGUUCGACCCCGUUGAGCUCAGUGUCCUCUUCAGCAAGUUUAUCCAGAGUAUUCCUGACAACCAGCUCGUCCGCCAGAAGCUGAACUGCCUGACCAAGAUCGUGGAGAGUGAUCUGUUCAGACAGGCUGAGUGCAGAGAUGCCCUUCUGCCCCUGCUGAUCGACCAGCUGAGUGGGCAGCUGGAUGACAAUUCCCACAAGCCUGACCACGAGGCCAGUUCCCAGCUGCUCAGCAGCGUUCUGGAAGUGCUGGACAGGAAAGAUGUGGGCCCCACAGCUCUGCACAUCCAGCUGAUCAUGGAGCGCCUGCUGAGGAGGAUCAACCGCACGGUGAUCGGGAUGAGCCGCCAGUCCCCUCACAUCGGGAUUUUCGUGGCCUGCAUGACAGCCAUCCUGAGGCAGAUGGAUGAUUUCCAUUACAGCCAUUACAUCAAGACUUUCAAAACCAGGCAGGACAUCAUUGACUUCCUGAUGGAAACAUUCAUCAUGUUUAAGGACCUGAUUGGGAAAAACGUGUAUGCAGCUGACUGGAUGGUCAUGAACAUGAUGCAGAGCAGGGUUUUCCUCAGGGCAGUGAACCAGUUCACCUCUGUCCUCAACCAGGCCUUCCUGGAUCAAAAAAGUUUUGAACUCCAGCUCUGGAAUAACUAUUUCCACUUGGCAGUGGCCUUCCUGACUCACGAGUCCCUCCAGCUGGAGACCUUCUCCCAGGCCAAACGCAGCAAAAUCAUCAAGAAGUACGGGGACAUGAGGAAAGAAAUUGGCUUCAAAAUCAGGGAUAUGUGGUACAACCUGGGUCCCCACAAGAUAAAAUUCAUUCCAGCCAUGGUGGGGCCAAUCCUGGAGGUCACUCUGGUGCCAGAGCCUGAGCUCAGGAAAGCAACAAUUCCCAUCUUCUUUGACAUGAUGCAGUGUGAGUUCAAGUUCAGUGGGAACAGGAACUUCCACAUGUUUGAAAACGAGCUGAUCACCAAGCUGGACCAGGAGGUGGAGGGCGGCCGAGGGGAUGAGCAGUACAAGAUCCUGCUGGAGAAACUGCUCCUGGAGCACUGUAGGAAGCACAAAUACCUGGCUGCCCCCGGGGAGGUGUUUGCCCUGCUGGUCAGCAGCCUGCUGGAGAACCUGCUGGACUACAGGACCAUCAUGCACGACGAGAGCAAGGAGAACCGCAUGAGCUGCACUGUCAACGUGCUGAACUUUUAUAAGGAGAAGAAGCGAGAGGACAUUUAUAUCAGGUAUCUCUAUAAACUCCGGGACCUGCACACCGACUGUGAGAACUUCACAGAGGCAGCUUACACCCUGCUGCUCCAUGCAGAGCUGCUCCAGUGGUCUGAGAAGCCCUGUGCCCCCCACCUCAUGCAGAGGGACAGCUUCUACGUCUACUCCCAGCAGGAGCUCAAGGAAAAACUCUACCAAGAAAUCAUCUCCUUCUUCGACAGGGGCAAAAUGUGGGAAAAAGCCAUCCAGCUGAGCAAGGAGUUGGCUGACAUGUAUGAAAACAAGGUCUUUGAUUAUGAGGGGCUUGGGAAUCUCCUGAAAAAAAGAGCUACUUUUUAUGAGAAUAUCAUGAAGGCAAUGAGGCCUCAGCCAGAGUACUUUGCUGUUGGAUACUAUGGGCAGGGUUUCCCCUCUUUCCUCCGGAAUAAAAUCUUCAUCUACCGUGGCAAGGAGUACGAGCGGAGGGAGGACUUCAACCUGAAGCUGCUGACCCAGUUCCCCAGUGCUGAGAAGAUGACCAGCACUGCCCCUCCAGGGGAAGACAUCAAAGCUUCUCCUAAACAGUAUGUGCAGUGCUUUAUUGUGAAGCCUGUGAUGAACCUGCCACCUAAUUACAAAGACAAACCUGUCCCUGAACAGAUCCUAAACUACUACAGAGCAAACGAGGUGCAGCAAUUCACACACUCCAGACCAGUCAGGAAAGGAGAGAAAGAUCCAGACAACGAGUUUGCUACCAUGUGGAUAGAAAGGACAACCUACACCACAGCUUAUUCAUUCCCAGGCAUCCUCAAGUGGUUUGAGGUCAAGCAGGUCACCACGGAAGAGAUCAGCCCCUUGGAGAAUGCCAUAGAAACCAUGGAGCUGACCAACGAGAAGAUCACCAACAUUGUCCAGCAGCACAUCUGGGACAGGAGCCUCCCUGUGCACCCCCUGUCCAUGCUCCUCAACGGGAUCGUGGACCCAGCUGUGAUGGGGGGUUACACCAACUAUGAAAAGGCCUUUUUCACCGAGAAGUAUCUUCAGGAACAUCCCGAAGAUCAAGAUAAAAUUGAGCUGCUGAAACAACAAAUUGCCAUCCAGAUGCCCCUGCUGGCGGAGGGGAUCCGGAUCCACGGGGAGAAGCUGACGGAGCAGCUGAAGCCGCUGCACGAGCGGCUCACGGGCUGUUUCCGGGAGCUCAGGAGGAAGGUGGAGAAGCAGUACGGGGUCAUCACCCUGCCCUGUUUUUGCCUGCAGCCCCCCUCCCUGACCGAGAGGAAGCCCAGCAGGUCUGGCUCUGUGGUGCUGCCCUACAUCAUGUCCUCCACCCUCAGGAGGCUCUCGGUCACCUCCGUGGCCUCCUCCGUGGUCUCCACCUCCUCCACCUCCUCUGACAGCACCUCCUCCAGGCCAGGCUCGGAUGGGUCUAUCCUGGAGCCUCUCUUGGAGAGGAGAAUAUCAACAUCUUCCAGAGCUGAGGAGCUGCCCGUGAAGGAUGAUGGUGACAACAGGAUCAGCAAACUCAAGAGGAAGGAGUGGAGCAUUAGCAAGUCUCAGGUUAUCGUGGAGAAGGAGCCAGAACCAGAACUGACUUCCAAAAUGGGCACGGCAGGGAAAGCACAAAGGCCAAAGAGUCUCCAGCUGGGAGACAACAGACUGACUUUGCUUCAGGGCUCUUCGCUCCAGCAGUCGACUCGCAGCCCACCCCCCAUCACCCCCAAAACCCCCAGGACCCAAAGUUUUCCCUCGUUGCAGGCUGAUGGAUUGGCAACCCCACCCCCUCCUCCACCCAAGAGCAAACCCUAUGAGAACAGCAACCCCAGGAAUUCUGUGGAGGUUGCUCCACCACUGCCCAGCAGAAGGGAAGCCAAACCUCCCCCUCCACCCCCAAAAACCAGGAAAUCCAGCGUGGUGUCCUCGGAGCAGGGGCUGCAGUGAGGGAGGAUCCCCCCCCCAGCCUGCUGAUCCCUCCUGCCACCCCUUGGAGUUUUCCUUGGGAAAGACCCAAAGGAACUGCUGUUGACUGUGUUCCCUAAGCCCUGCUUUCCCUGGGACACUAAUCCCUACUGGAAUUCUCAUCUGUCUCAGUGUUGUCUGCCCUGAGUUCCAUCCCUGCUGCAAUUCCAGCGGCUCCUUCCCGGUGGAAUCAAUCCCAGGAGGGAUUUUGCACCGGGGGGCUGGAGCCAGGGGAGGCAGAGCAGUGGGAGGGGUGUCCAGCAGUAUUUUCACGUGAGUUUUGAGCUGUGUUUGUUGGGAGAAAAAUUUCUCCCUUGAAUUUAGAAAGAACUGCAAAAACUCACGAAACAAGAAGAAAGGAUUUAUUCAGCGCUCUCUGGGUCUGGUCUCACCCCGAGUUUUUGGGGAGAAAAGACCCCCUUGGGUUUAAAUUUCAUGCAUUUUGUAGCUUUACAAAAUCCCACCUUUUUCAGGUAAGCUUAGUAUUUUUAAGCUUAAUAUUUUUAAGCUUAAUAUUUUUAAGCUUAAUAUUUUUAAGCUUAAUAUUUGCCUAAAAAGGGUUUCUUUUCUCUGAAAAGGGGCUUUCCCUUCUUUCCACUUGGCCACUGGGCAUCCUCUGGCAAAAAUGAUGGAUCUUCCUUUAGGCCAGAGAGAGAAGAGAAACCCCUGUGCACAAGAUUCUCACGUGGCCCUGAAAGAUUUUAAUUUUUUAAGAACUUUUGCAUUUCCCUUAUCCAGGAAAAAAAGACCCUGAUGCUCCAGUUCAGGUUUUGGAACUUGGAUAUCUUACAACCUCACGAGGCGCCUAUAUAUAUAUAUAUAAUAUAUAUAUAUAUAAAGUAUUUUUAUUUCUCAUAUUUGUGAUCCCUGAUGAGCCAAGAUCUGAUCCUCAUGAUGUGGAGCAGAUCCCAGCCAUUCCUGCUGGGAAGCAGCAGCUCCCAAGGUGUGGGGUGGGAGAAGUCCCUGAAGAUCCCUGGUUGCAGGCAGAGACCUGAGCGUUGGGAGCAGAUGUGAAAAGCCUUUUCUCUGCUUUUUUUUUGUGUGUGGGGGAUGAAGAGCAGCCCCUGCCUCACUCCAGCUCUGCUCCAGGGAGGGUUCACCAGUCCUUUGCCAGGAUUUCACUGGAUUGAACCCUACAGAGCACUUGAGACCCUCCCUGAGUUGUGUCCCCUGUGUGGUCCCAUCCCUGUGUCUGGGACUUGGGACAAAACUUCACCUUUGUGCUUUUUAAAGGGGUGGAAAAGGUCUCUCCUGGGAAUGUGGGAGGUGAAGAGAAGCUGCACUUUUACCAGGGCUGGUCUUGUCCCAGUUGCAUUGAUACCAGGAUUAUACUGGUCCCAGUUGCAUUGAUACCAGGAUUAUACUGGUCCCAGUUGCUUUGGUACCAGUAUUAUACUGGUCCCAGUUGCUUUGGUACCAGGACUAUACUGGUCCCACCUGCACUGAUACCAGGGCUGGACUGGUCCCAGCAACUUGGAGAGGAUGGAAUGUGCAAACCCAGUUCUCCAUCCUGACUCUGAUUCUCUCCUGUGACCUUUCCUUUGGGCACAUCCACACAAGGACAAGUAAUUCUCUUUUUUCCCCCCUGCCCCUAUUUGUGGCAGUACUUGCACUUUGGUUUAGAGCUUCCCUUGAUCCAGGUUUUUGAUAGACUGGACUUUAGGGAGCCAUUUAGAUCUGGGAUGUGUGAAAGACUUGACAAUUCACCACCUCUUUUCCUCUUGCUUGGAUCACUCCACUCUUUUCUUUCCUUGGAGGAUGGGGUAAUGUGUUUAAUUUUCCCUUUAGUUAUUUAUUCCCUGCUCUGUCUGGAUGUCUUUCUGUUUGUAUAGAGAAAAACCAACAAGAUUUUAGGGUUUCACCUCUUUAAAAUCACGUGGGCCCUGCAGGAAGGGCUGUGGCACUGCAGGAAUAGCCUGUGCCCACAGUUGCAUAGUGACCAAAAAUCCAACACAAAUAUCAGUGUUAUUUCUGGACCAGAUGGGCCUCAGGCACAGAAUUCCCAUGGCUGAGCUGCCCCUGGAAUCCUGUGUGGAGCAGGACUUCCCCAGAGUGCCUGUUUCAGGAAUAAUGCAUCAUGAAGAACUUUGCUUUUCCUGCCAAGCUGCCUAAUUCAGAAUUUCUUUAGAUAUCAUCAUUUAUAUCUCACUCUAAAGCAGAAAAGCAAGUGCAGGUGGAGGUUUCCUUGAUUUGUAAGAAUUAUUCUCUUGCCCCGUUCAGGCAGAGGGUUUUGCCCUUCCACUCUGCCUCUGGGACUGCCCUGGUCGUGUCCUGGCUGUUAUUUUUUCCCUGAUGUUUUCCAGGGAUUGGCAAAAAACUGCUUCUUGUUCUUCCCUUUUGCUGUGGAACUCGGGAAACACAAGGGUUUGCCUGCAAAGUUUAGAUUGAGGCUUCUUGGAGAGUUUAAAGAUUCUUAAAACUCACAAAGAGGGACCAGCUGAGGAAUUUGGAUCCAAAUUUCUGAACUUAUAAGAAACUUUGGCUGUUUGGAAUUAAUUUAUCAUCAGUAUUGAGGAACAUUUUCUUUUCCAGGAAAUAAUUUUACUGUAACUGUAACUUGUCAUUUGACUUCUGAUUAUCUGGUACAAAUUGGGGGGAGCCACCAAAAACCUGCUGAGGAUGUUGCUGACAGUAGUAAAUACAAUUAACUCUUGGGCUGGGGGUUUUUUUGAAGGCCACUGCACCUUUUUUUGUGCUCACCUGACUGAAAUGGGGUUCAUUACAGCCAGAAAUAGUUUUUCAUUACACACAGAAACGGCUCCCAGUGAAAAAAUGAAGUUUGUUAAACCUCGUGGAAGUUUUUCAGGGAAAAGCAAACCCAGUGAAGCCCCGGGGGGGGUUUUGUUCAGCCUGAAGUUGUCCUUUCUUUUGUUCCUCUGGAUUCUCGUGACUCCUGUGUGACUCCAGGAGCUGCUGGCUCUGGCAGACAGAUUGUCUGCAUCCCAGUCACGCUGCAUUCCCAUCAGGUUGGGGAUGUUUUAGGGGUUUCAGGGCAGUCACAUCCCAUCCAUGCCCAGCCUGUUUGCUGCACACACUCCCAGCUGCCUCUGCCUCGCUGCUUCCCAGGGGGAAUCUUGGAAACCUUCCUGGACCCCCUGGCCAGGUCCCCCCUCCCUGGAGCACCAGGGGACCUGUCAGCUCCUCCUUGUGUUCUGGGACACAGACUCUGCUUGACUUGAAAACCACGGGGGGGUUUCUUGUCUUUUGGUUUUUAUCCACUUCUUCCUUCCUUGCAACCACUUCCCUCCUGCUCACAGGAACUCCAGGAUCCUCCCAAACUUCGCUCCAACAAGAACUUUUUGUCCCCUUGUGAGAGUUUUGCUUCAGGCAGAACAGCAGGAUGUGCUCUGAGGUGUCUGCAGAGCAUCUCAACAGCACCUCUGGUGUCUUCCCCCUCUGGUGUCUUCCCCCUCUCUGAAUCUGCCUGGUCCCUCAUUCCUGGCUGCAUUUCCUUGCCAGGGCAGGUUGGCUUUUAAAUCCUUUGGAGAGACAGCAGGAGCAGAGUGGGGAUCCCAGGGAAUGAGGGGAACAAACCAGCUGCCAGAUUUUGGAUAUUUUGCUACCCAGUGACUCUCAAGUCUCAUUUUCCACCCUUUCUUUGUUCUUCUUUCACAACUUUAACACCUGGAUGUACCUUGUGCGUUUUUCCUGGAGGGGGGAACCAAUCCAUGCCAAAAAAAAAACCCUCCCAGGAGGAGCUCUGACCUUGGCAAGGAUUUUUCAGCUGCCCUUUCUGCCCUUUCCACUUUGCCCUUUAACCUGAGGAGGUUUGGGUCUCACUGCUUUUUGUGCAGUUUUAUGGGUGAGGUUUAUGAACUGAGGACUUGGGUGUAAGUGGUUAAUUAUCCUCCCCCUUCUCUUUCUUUGGCUCAAAAAAACCCAGUUCCUGUCUCUUCUGGAUGAUCAUUUUUGAGCCCAGAGUCACCUGGAGGCAGGUGAGUCUCUAAAGAGGCAGGGGAGUGAGCAGGGGGUGGCUGGAACCCAUCCCAGUGCUGCGAAAAUCAGGAAUAUUCAGUGCUUGGUGUAAUUUAAGCUUUAAAAAGCCCUUUCAUUUGGCUUAAAUAACCUUAAACAACACUAAAGGCGUGUUAAAAUCUGAUUAUUGGAGAAGCCUCUGCCUGAAUUAAGGUGCAAACAAGGCCAUGUGCCAAAGUCAAUAUUAUAUUUAUUAUUUAACAUGAAAUGUGAGGUGGGGAGGUAGAAAGGAAUAGAAAAGAGAGAGAGAUCAGGCAGAAAAUCUUCAGCACUCGUGGGUCCAGCAGCAUCCUGUUGGCCCUUCUUCACCCUGAAUUUUUGGUAGUGGGGGGUCCAAACUUUUCCCUCUUUAUACCUUUUAGCAAACAAAGGAGUUAAUGCCCUUUGGCUGCACCUUUCUCUUGUUCUGGUGGUUAAAAGCUGAUUAUUAAAUCCCUCCCAACGCUGAUUAAUCCCAAGCUCAGUCUUUCUCUUCUUUUUCAGCGUUUUCAUUGGCAAAUUUGCCAGAAAGGGGUUUAAAUCAGAUGAUUUUUUUUUUAAUUCUUUUUCCCUUUCUCAGUCUGAUUUUUGUUGUAGAGUCUGAAUGGUGGAACUCAGACUCUCCCCACUUCUCUCCACUGCUCCCAAAUUGGGGUUGUUUUCUUACCUGUGGAUGUUCUUGGCUGAUAAAAAUCAGCAUUUUUGGCUCAGAGGUACAAGGUGGAAUUUCUGUUCUGUGCCUGAACCAUUCAGAGCUUUGUGCCAGUUUUAGCUCCUCAAAAAAACUCAUUUAAUUUUCAGCUUUUUAAAGGCAGUUGGGCAUUUAAGUGUGUGACUAAGCCUGGGGCCUGACUGAUUUUAAUUAAGUGGAAUUAAGUGCCCACAUCUAUGAGAAAUCCCACCAGAGCCCUGAUUUUUUUUUUAGGUGUUUGCUCUUUGCUCCAGCACCUGCCUGAGUUCUGAGGUUUAAUUUUCACAAUUUAAGGUGUCUCUACUUAGUUAUUUAAACAAGAAUCAUCUUUUCAUGUUAUUUGGAUGCUCUUGGAUGUGUCUCUGAUGCUUUUUAAACUGGAGAGCUAAAAAUGGGAGCAGGACAGUCCAUAAUGAUGCUCCCUGCAUAUGGAAAAUUAACAAAAAAAUCAGUGUUUUUACCCAAUUUACAGUUUGAAACCCCAAAUCUCCAAGUUAAAAAUCCAGAAGGCAAACCCCUAAUCCAGUUUCUUAGCCCUGCUGUUCAAAGCUGGUGUCAAAAUUUCAAGUUUUUGAGGGUUUUAUUUUUGUCCCUUUGGAGAGAAAUGUGCUGCAAGACUCGUUUGCUGGAACUUUUUAAUUAAAACUGGUCGUGCUGGGCUAAAUUCCUUGAAAAAUGUUCCAGGCUCUAAAUCCACAUCAGGGGAAGAUGGGCAGGAACAGGAGUUUGGGUGGAUUAUGGGAUUAGGGAAGGACACAAAAUUCCAGGGAGAGCAGCUCUGGGAUGUGCAGUGGCAGAAACACCCCCCUGGAUGUGCAAAGAUUUUGGGGAAUAAGAAAUUACAUCCCAGAAACUCCCCCCUCCCAGCCUAGGGUUUGCUCCAGACUCACAGAUUGGCCCCUCAGAUCUUCUCUUUAUUUAUUUUUCUAAUUGUAAAUGGAAAUAAUACAUUGAAAUCUGUAAUUUAACUAAUUUUUCAUAUAUAUAUAUAUAUAGUGAAAACAUUCCUGACCCGUUUCUGAUUUUUUUUUAUUUUUAAUUAAAAACUCUCUCGUUUUUCCUGGUGCAGACCAAAUUCUCUGCUGUGUCAGGGUGAGCUUUUGCAAGAACUAAAGCAGCAAAGAAAAAUUAAAAAAUAAUGUGAUUUUUUUUCCCCUGCACUGGCACGUGAGGUUCACCAGAUUCUGCUCUAAUUAAUUAAUUAAUUAAUUAAUUAAUUAAAGCACCUUUAGGAUACUUUGGCACUCCCAGACUCUACUUUUCUGCUGGUUUGUAUUUUUAAACAGAGGUGGAAGUUCCUCAGCAGCUCCAAAAUUCAGGUACAUGGUAUUAAUUAAUAUCAUUUCUCACUGGGGGGUUAUAAAGGUUUAAUCAUGACAAACCUUGCUGUGAUUUUGGGAGAAUUUGGAGUUCGUGGGACGUGGGUUUGUGUGUCCUGGAUGUGGUUUUUUUAACUCCAAACCCACCUCUGCAGGCUUUUCUUUUCCUUUUUUCUUUUUUUUUCCUUUUCUUUUUCCCCUCAUUUUUUUUUUUAAAGUUGAAUCAGCAAAAAAAAAAAUACAGCUUUAAUUAAAAAAUAACAGCUCUCUGAAGAGAGCAGGAGCUUUGGGAAAGGAGUCUCUGUAAAGCAAGGUGUAUAAAUUUCCGUGGUGUUUUUUUAAAA